AUGGAUACGGAGCCGGAGGAGCUGCAGUUCCUGGGGAUUGUGGGCAUCUUCAGGGAGGCCCAGAAGAUACUGCUGUCGUGGAGGAAGAUCUUCUCCGGCAUCGCCCUGUGGCUCGUGCUCCCGCUUUCCUUGAUCUUCCUCCUCCACAUCGAGAUCUCCGAUCUCAUAUUCUCCAAGAUCAACCACAAUGAGCAGGCCCUCGAGGACGCCCCCGUCGGCAGCCGCACCGAAGACAGACUUCUCAACCGCCUCGCCUCCGAGUGGACCUCCUACGUGGCCUUCAAGGCCGCCUACCUCGUCCUCGUCCUCGUCCUCUCCCUCCUCUCCACCUCCGCCGUUGUCUACACCGUGGCCUGCGUCUAUACCGCCAAGGAGGUGACCUUCCGCAAGGUCCUCACCGUCGUCCCCAAGGUAUGGCGCCGCCUCCUGGUCACCUUCCUCUGGAGCUUCGCCAUCCUCUUCGCCUACAACACCUUCUCCUUCCUCCUCCUGGUCCUCGCCCUCCUCCUCGUCGGGACCGGCGGAGGCGGCAUCGCCGCCCUGGUAUUCUACAUCCCCGCCUACCUCGCCGGCCUGGUUUACAUCAGCGUGAUUUGGCACCUGGCCAGCGUCAUCUCUGUGCUGGAAGACACCAAUGGGCUGGCGGCGAUGCAGAAGAGCAAGGCGCUGAUUCAGGGGAAGGCGUGGGUUGCCAGCGGCAUCUUCCUCUUCUUCCACCUCUCCUUCUUCGCCAUCGAGGUCUCCUUCAGCCAGCUGGUAGCGCACGGACGGGCCCCGGGCGUCUUGAGCAGGAUCGGCUAUUCCGCGCUGCUCCUGUCGCUGAUGUCUCUCCUGGUCCUGGCGGCGCUCGUCGUGCAGACAAUCGUCUACUUCGUCUGCAAGUCCUUCCACCACGAGAGCAUCGACAAGUCGUCCCUCGCCGAUCACCUGGAGGUCUACCUCGGCGAGUACACCCCUCUCAAGGGGAGGGACGUCCAGCUCCAGCAGUUCGACAUCUGA